AUGGGCAUUCGCGGUGGGCCUGGAGCCUACAGUAUAAGCGGGAUUGCCCCGUAUGUUUGGAGAUCAGCGGUUCGUGCAAAUAGAUUUACCGGUAGCAGCACUGGCCAAGGCACAGACCUGGAGCAGCCCAGACAAGACGACGAUGAUGACACAAUUGCUGUUGCGUGGGCUGUGGAGGCAGAUGAGGAAGAAUCCAUUCAAGUUGCCCAACCUGCCAGACUUUCAAACAAAAAAGGGUCUCUUGUACAACAUAUGGCGAUUGUGACAUCAGUUGCAUGUCUACUUGUCAUCGCGAUGAUUGCUGACGUCUUGUGCGGCUCUCGCCGAUGCAGCAGUCAUAGCCAUGCUUUCCGGUUCCUUCGUUACAACAACUUCCAAGGCAAGAUUGAACAGGCUUUUGGCCCAUCAUAUUUCCAAACAUCCUCCAACGAUGACAUUCAAAAGCUGGGCCCCUCACUCACAAGGACCAGAGCACUCCAUUGGAUUGUGUUUGAUGAUCCUAUGCAGCUUGACCCAGACGCUGAUAAUCUUCUCCAGAGAUUCAUCAUGGCAUUAAUGCACUUUCAGACAUCACAAGAGCAUGACUGGGUGCUGUGUGGGCCACAAAGAAAGCAGACAGACGACACGUGUUGGAUGACAAUAGCUGGUGUAGAGUCUUUGACAAGCCGGUGGCUGUCACACAGUCAUGAAUGUCAAUGGGCAGGUAGUUUCUGUGACGGAGAGAAGAAUAUCAUUGACUUGGUUCUGCCGGAAAAUGGGUUGAACGGCCCAGUGCCUGUUGAACUUGCAAAGCUUUCAAUCCUGGAGAAACUGGAUUUGUCAAAGAAUCUCCUCACUGGAACCAUCCCCACGAGCUAUGGUAGCUUUUCUGCCUUGAGUGACAUUGUGCUUCAACAGAACAAGCUUUCUGGAAAGAUCCCUUCAGAACUAUUUGGAAGCAAGCUUUCGGUAAUAGACUUCAGAAACAAUUCACUGACAGGAACAGUACCCACAGAGGUUGGGCUUUUUGAUGGUGAAAAGCUUCUUUUUGGUCAUAACAGCCUGUCAGGUUCAAUCCCCACAGAACUGUUUCAUCCAAUGACAGGAACCCACAAUUUUCUGUGUUUCGAGAAUAAUAUGCUUACCGGAACCCUUCCAACAGAGAUUGGGUUGUCAAAAGGAUAUAGAAUAGGAUUUGACUUUCAAGGAAACCAGCUCCAUGGGAGUUUGCCAUCAGAAAUUGGACUUGUGGGGGGCUCACUUUUUCAGCUCACACUCAGUAACAAUGCUGUUACUGGCACCAAACCAGAGGAGCUCUUCACAAGGUGUAGGAACCUAUAUGAAUUUGAUGCGUCAAACUGUGAUAUGACGGGCACAAUCAGCACAAGUUUGCGGCAUUUGACAAGGCUAGAAUCCUUUGACAUUUCCAGAAACAAGUUUCUUGGCACCAUACCAGAUCAGCUUGCAGCACUGACAAGACUACGAACGAUUCGAAUGAAUGGGAAUAAGCUUUCCAGUACCCUUCCGUCUGCUGUGUGUGCUCAGGCUAGUUAUUUCAAGCGCUUUGAACUAACAGCUGAUUGCUUAAAACCUGCUGGCGACAAGGAUCCCAUCAUUGCGUGUUCAUGCUGCGAUGUCUGUUGUGAUGGAGACACAGGCAAUUGCCUAUCUCAAUAA